AUGCCAGCGAAGACGAGGAAGAGAAAGGCCUCGGAGGAAGAAGGAGAUGAUGUUGAAGAAGUUCCACAGCCCGUGAAGAAAACUGCUCGCAAGACACAGAAGAAGCAAGUGGGAGAGUCUUCAAAGAGAAGCCGAGCUGGACCCAGUAAUCGGGCCACCAACAGUACUUUAAAAAAGUCAAAGGCAGCAUCUUCUUCUUCAAAGAGCGCAAAGAGUGCGAUUCGCCGAGAUGCGGAUAGCUUGCUCCAUAUGAUUGAGGGCCAGUACAACAACGCCCGAUCUGCAAUGACGGGAAACAACUCGUUGAGUUCCAAAAUUUCUGCUCUUCUUCAAGAUGGUCUCGAUACACAGAACAUUAUACAUCAAAAGCCGCUUGGUCGUAUCAAAGCCUUGCAGCAUACCCUAGAUGAGUACGAGACGGCCAAUCGCGACUCGAUCAAGGCCAGAAAGCCAGCUGAAGGGGCCCAGUGGGAGCAAGAUGCCAGAGAUGUCGCCAAGGUGAAUAAGAAGGCAAUGGAAAUGUCAAUACAGAUGAUCAAUUGCUUGGUUAUUUCUGGAGAGCAUGCUACAUCACUUAAAUCACCACCUCGUUCUGACGACGAUGUCGAACAGGCAGCAUGGCGGUGGAUUGAAGGCGGGAUUCCAUCCGCAGAUGAUUCAUGGGGAUCAAGCGCACGAGAAACUUUGAAGGCUUUUGCGGGAGUUGCAAAGCUUCUUUUGUAA